CGACUGCUUUCACCCAAGCCUACCAUGGGUCGCAAUACCUCUCAGCAACGACCCAGGCCGACGCUGAGAACAUCUCCCGGAGUGACGUGACAUCUCUCCACCCCCUGUCACUAUAUCCAUUGCCGGCAUGAAGUCCACCGACCCCGUGCGUCCCAGCAGCCGUCGCGCUGCCUCUGGCGCAUGGAACCGCCUCAAGCCUGUCCGCGAAGACAUUCUCGAGACAUAUGGGCUGCCCAGCAAAGGCGAGACACGGCUCAAUGACUUCAAGACACAAGAAGUCUACUUCAACCGCAUUACCGAGCGCUACAUGAAGCUCUGUGCCCUCAACCGCGAAGAACUGGACCGUCUGUUCGCCUCAGUCAGCAUACCGCCAGCAGCUCCGGCCGAUUCAAAGAGCAGCGAUGCCACCUCCAAGCUCACAAGCUCCUUCUCCUCGCUGUCUCUCUCCAAACACGCCCCUCCCGAAUACCAGAACACCAGGCCGCCUCCGCUCACUACAACCUCUACCUCGGCCUCGGCCCCUGCCUCUACACACUCGAUACCACAAAAGGCUUUUGCGCCCUCGAUCCAGGAGCUAGCUACAGUACUCGCGUCCCUUCGCAAGCUCCGUGAGGCCAUCACAGCCUCAAGCCGGUCCGACGCCUUUGCCCUACGCGCCUACACUUUUGCCAUCCACGUCAGCGUCCUGUGCCAUGACUGGGCUUCAUAUCUGCCAUCGCUGCUCUCCCUCCUCAACACAAUUCACCCGCGGAACCCCCUGCCCCCUUCGACGCUCCAUGAAUUCGUCGGCCUCCUGAUCCUCGACCAAGCGUGUCGCCAAUCGGAUUUCGCUGGCGCCCGCCAGACGAAGCUGCAAUAUGGCUACAAGGACUGGAGAGUCGAGACUGUGCUCAAAUGCCUGGUUGCCGAUGAUUUUGUGGGGUUUUGGAGGGUGCGUAGGGCUGUAGAUGGGUACCAGAGGAGUGUUAUGGAGUGGGCGGAUGGCGGAGUCCGAGUUCAUGCGCUCAAGUGUUUGGGAAAGGCGUAUCUGAGCGCCGAUAGGGCGUUUGUCGAGCGGGUGACUGAGAGGCGGUGGGAGGAACUGGUGCAGGAGGGCGUGGGGUGGGAGUUGAGUGCUGAUGGCGAGAGAGUGAUUAUCAAAAAGCCAAAGGUGGCUUGAGCAACUGAUAUGCAUCUGUACUUUCAACCCAUGUAUGGGGCAUGGACGUGAUGGCAAGCGUCGACCGGGGUAUCAUUAGACUUUUUACAUCAAACCACAUCAA